AUGCCUCGACGUGGGAUCGUAUUGAGUACGAGUGAAAGUGGUACAGCCAGACUGAUUGUCCGUGAAGAUCGCUCUGCAUUUGCGGGUAUGCUGGAGACGGACAAUGGUGAAUCACUCUCUGUCACUGGAAAACUUAUGGAAGGCUGCCCUGAACCCAGUUCCUCGUCUGAGCCCUAUGUCAUGGAAGUCCUAAUAGUCGAAGGUGAUACUGGCUCGAGUUUCAAGCUGGAUCAUGUCGAGGUUUUUGUUGACGGACACAGGAUUACAAUAAACAAUCCCGCCAUCAGCUUCUCGACGACGAAGCGGCUGAUUGGAGCAAAAGCAGAUGUUGUUAUUCACAGUAUCUACAUGCCGAGUAUCGCAUCGAUGUGCACCCGAAGCGAAAGUCUUCUCACUAUACCAUCAACAUCAUUAUACUUUCAGCUGUUCAUCUUGACUAAGGAGACUCUAAAAGAGAGCAUGCGACGAGAAUCCGUCUGUGAGCAAGACGUCAUUCUGGAACAGUCCGACGAUUUUCUCGCUUAA